GAUGUUGUGAGAUUCCUGGCGAAAGCCCAGGAUGGAAAAAUUCGUUUAACUUGGGCGAAUGCAGAUGAAAGACUUGAUAUUUCCGAACCUAAAGGUUGUUGUGAGGCAUGUGUCGGAAAUAAGGAUUGUAUUGGAUGGGUUUUUACAGAAGUAUGCCUUCAUGGUGUUGAUAGAGAUCUUCUUCCCGAUAUAUGUGAUUAUCAUACAUUAAAUGAUACACCUCUUCAAAAUGCACCUUGGGAAGAUUCCGGAGUUAUCCGUUGUAGUGAUGGUUGUGGUUUUCUCAUCCAGAUAAUAAUAAUGAUCAAUCAAUCAAUCAAAUUAUACCGUAAUGGUGAUUAA